UUCCAGGAAGUUCUUCCUCGCAGAGCCGCAAGAGCGUGACUACACGUUUAACUGCCCUUUCAUGAAACUGUGUUAAGUUAUAUUUGUAUCCCUUGAAAUCAAUUAAAUCUAAACAUGGGGGAUGAUGAAGAAAAGUAUGAUGGGAUGCUGCUUGUUAUGGCACAACAACACGAAGGAGGAGUGCAAGAGCUGGUGAACACCUUCUUCAGUUUCCUCAGGCGCAAAACCGAUUUCUUCACUGGUGGAGAGCAUGGCGCUCCAGAGAAGCUGGUGAAGGACUCCUUUGCUCACCACAGCCAGCUGGCCCUGAAGGCCCACAGGGAGAAGACGUCCAAGCAGGAGAAGGAGAGGCAGGAGAAGGAGGAGAGAACGGCAAAGCUGGCAGAGGAGGCCAAGAGGAAGAAGACGGCUGGCCAGGGGGAGGAGCCGAAGAUCAUGGAGCUGACAGACGAGGAGGCAGAGAGGCUGCAGACAGAGCUUGAUCAGAAGAAACUGGAGGAAAAGACAAAGGACCUUCCAAAGGACAGCCCGGAGAUAUCAGCGGCAAAGGCAGAGAAAGGGUCUGACUCAGAGGGUGAAGACGAUGAGAAGGACAAGGGGAAGCUGAAGCCUAACUCUGGGAAUGGGGCUGACCUGCCUGACUACAGAUGGACACAGUCCCUGUCGGAAGUGGAUCUGCUGGUGCCGUUCGAUGUGAACUUCCGGCUGAAGGGGAAGGACGUGGUGGUGGAGGUGCAGAGGCGGACCCUGAAGGUGGGGCUGAAGGGGCGCCCGCCCGUCAUCGACGGGCAGCUGCACAGCGAGGUGAAGGUGGAGGAGAGCAACUGGCUCAUCGAGGACGGCAAGGUGGUCACCAUCCACCUGGAGAAGAUAAACAAAAUGGAGUGGUGGAACAAGGUUAUGACCACGGAUCCUGAAAUUAACACAAAGAAAAUCUGUCCGGAGAACUCCAAGCUGUCGGACCUGGACGGAGAGACGCGCAGUAUGGUGGAGAAGAUGAUGUACGAUCAGAGGCAGAAGUCCAUGGGUCUGCCAACCUCUGAGGAGCAGAAGAAACAGGACAUCCUUAAGAAGUUCAUGUCCCAGCACCCAGAAAUGGACUUUUCCAAAGCCAAGUUCAGCUGAGCGGUUGGGGUAGUCUGGACCCCCGCAGAGCCCUGUCUCCUGCAGAACCACACGCAUGGAUCCCAGCGCCCGUGCAACACUGUUAUUCUCCCUGUUUGGGCGGCUGGAACUAAGAUGGUUUAUCGUUUUGUUGUUGAUUGUGGCAGGAGAUUAUUCGCUGUUAGGACUCUCUCUGCAUUUAUUGCAUCUGUCCAUGAGUUGAUAUUUAAAAAAUAUAGUAAAUAAAUGUUCAGAAUUUUUUUAAAUAAACAAAUUCAAACCUU